GCGUAUCAAAGCAGAGUCACUCUGGACAUAUCCACUGGAUCUCUGGAGCUCAGGAAUCUGGCCAUGAAAGACAAUGGAACGUACACAGUGAGCAUCAUACCUGCUGUAGGAUCAGGACUAGUCGAAAGUACUGUGCUGCAGGUGCUGGAAAAAGUAGCUGAUGUCAGCAUUAACCCAUCAAGCCAGCCAAUCAUAGAGGGGAUGUCUGUCCACCUGACCUGUGCUGCUGCUGGCUCCAUCAGCACCAGAGAGUGGAUGAAGGAUGGUGUGCCUCUCUCUCCCAGUGACAGAGUCAGCUUCUCUGGGGACAACAAGAUAGUCUCUAUAAGUCCUGUGAACAAACAAGAUGAUGGUGUUUACUUGUGUCGAGUCAGAAACCCUGUGAGCUCUCAAGAUGCUAAAUACAAUAUGACUGUAAACUUCGGACCAGAGCUCAAGACCAUACUGGCACCAGAGAUAGCUGAGGUUGGCACCACCACUCUCCUAUACUGCUACGUCAGGUCGGUGCCACCUGCCAAACUCACCUGGCUGUUCAAAGGGGUAGAAACAGGCGUCCAUGAAAACGUUUACGUCAUUGAUGAGAGCAGUCACAGUGACAGUGGGGACUACACCUGCACUGCCUCUAAUGACCUGACCGGCCGCACUCAGAGUUUGACCCACACUCUGACAAUAGGAGAUAGGCCCUCCAGCCCAGCGUUGAGCCCAGGAGCAGCAGCAGGCAUAGCUGUAGCUGUGACGCUGGUUGUGGUGGCCUUAGUUGUGGGCCUCUACUGUGGCCUGACCUACCAUCUGAACUCAACUAAAGGCUCCUUAGGCGCAGAUUUUAGAAACUGUGAUCAGAUCUAUGAAAACGUUCCAGGUCCGACAACAAGAGUUGUAGAAGCUCCUCCUGUCCCCCCUACAGAGUCUGAAUAUGAAAUGCCCAGGUAGGUUACCAG